GCAAUGAACAAGAUUGGAGUAUGGACAAAGAAUACGUUAUUUCAAAUUAUUAACAAUUCAUUAAAGUUGCAUACCGAUCAAAACAUAGAAAGAAUUGGAGAUCCCUUCAAAUCGUUUUUAAAUCAAUUGAAAUCGAAAAGAGAAGGCUAUUGGCUCGACGUACAUAUACCACGGAAUCCAAAGAAGAAUUAUUCGAUUCGGAGGCCGCAGAAAAAUUGCAGUUUCGGAGUACUUUGCAAUCGGCCAGUUCCGAAAAUUACGCGAACGAUGGCACCGGAAAUACCGAGGAAAACAUUACCGAUCGAAACGAAAAGUACGAACGUACAUUUGAGAGUUUCAAAAAAGAAAGGAGACGCCGAAAGAACGGCAAGACCUCAAAGAGAAAAGUGACCUUUGCUGAUAGUAAAAUGUGAAAAAAGACAAAUACUAAAAUAACAUAUAACGAUAAUUUUAACAUGUAUAAAGAUUAUGUGAAAUUCAAUUACAAAAUUCUUGUAAGAAAUUCUACUGUAUCAUCUUUAAAAUGUAACGAUUCAUUCUAAA